CAUAAGCGUAACCACACUGGUGAGAGGCCCUAUAAGUGUGAUGAGUGUGGGAAGAGCUUUAGACAGCGCAUAUCCCUCAUCAGCCACCAGCACAUCCACACUGGGCAGAAGCCCUACAAGUGCAGUGACUGUGGGAAGAGUUUUGGACACAGCUCCAAACUGAAUCAGCACAUGCGAACCCACGACAAGGAGAAGCCCUACAAAUGCAACGACUGUGGGAAGAGUUUUAGCUGCAGCACGUAUCUCCUCUACCACCAGCGCAUCCACACCGAGGAGAGACCCUACAAGUGCAGUGAGUGUGGGAAGGGCUUCAGAUACCACUCAGCCUUCGUUAAUCACCAGCGCAACCACACUGGUGAGAAACCCUAUAAGUGUGCUGAGUGUGGGAAGAGCUUUAGCUGCA